AUGUUUGCUUUAUUGGAGCCAAUUGCAAAUCGAAAAAAAUUGGACAUAGAAUGUCAAAUGACGGAAGUGAUUAUAGUGAGAGUGUGGUGCGAGAGCGGUGCAGGAUGGUCACCCACAGCGGUGCCUGUGACACCACAGACCACCAGCCGGGACGUGCUGGACUGCUGUCGCGAGCCCGGAGACGAGCCUUGCCUGCUUAUCAGCGUGCAUCCUCACCAUGGAGUGCACGUGUUACGCGAUGCAGAAUCACCAUUGGAGGUGGCAUCUGCUUGGGGACCUGAUGUGCAGUUUGUCCUCAAGUACAUUGAUGAAGGUAUACUAUAUUACCUUUAA